AUUAUAAUGAGAAUUGCUUUGUGCUUAUUAGUCAUUUUGGCAGUUGCAAAUGCAACAACAAAAUUCAACUUGGAUUAUUCCAAAAAGAGAUCAAUGACAGCAGUAAUGGCUGAAGUUGAAGCUAAAUUGAAAAAUAAAUCACCACUUGAUGCAAUAAUGAAUGUAUUAAGAGACUUCAGAGAUGCAGUUAACACAGAAUAAGUUAAUCAUGAUGAGAUCUAUAAUAUUUAAGUAUCAGAAUGUGAAUCUGAAGAUGCUUUCAGAAGAGGUGAAGUCACAGAUGCUAGCAAUGUAUUGAGAGAUUCAACAGCUGCUUUAAAUGUUGCUUAAACAUCAAAGAUUAGAGCUACUAAUUAAUAAGAAGUUAAUUAAUAAUAAUACUUCUCUGCUUAAGAACAUUUAAAUUCAGUAUUGAGUGCUGCUGAAACUGAAGCUGGAUAUUUCAAAAGAAGAGGAAGAGAUUAUGAAGAUGCUCUCCAUGCUAUUGAUGAAGCAUCUGAUAUCUUAGCUACAAUCUAUAGUGGAUCAGGAUCAUUUGCUGAAAUUAGCAGAGUUUCAAAGAGUAUGAUCUAAACUGCUUUCAAUAUUAAAGAAACUGCAAAGUUUGCUCCAGUUUUCUAUGCAUUUGCUUAAUUAGCUGCUUAAGAAGGAUAACUUGAUGAAUCAGCUCUUGAAAGAGUUGCUUAACUUUUAGAAACAUUAAGAGCCAAUAUCUAAGAAGCAUAUAAUGAUUUCACUGAAUCAAAUGCUGUAUCAGUUGCUGCUUUUAAUGACUAAAAAGAUAGAAUUGGAUAAACUAUUGCUAGACUUGAAGCUUAAAAUGAAAGACUUUAAAAUAAACUUGAUUCAUUGAGUUAAUAAAUUGGAACUCAAUCAGCUAUUGCACAAACUGCUUCAGGAAAACUUUAAAGAAAUCAAUAACUUUGGGAUUAAGCAUAAGCUUUAUGCUCUACCUUUGCUAAUGAAUACAAUUAUGCUACUUAAGCAAGAAGAAAUGAACUCUAAUUAGUUGCUUAAUUAGAAGAGAUGGUUGAAGCUAGAUUUAACUAAGUUGAAGAUGAAAAUCAUGAAAGAAACUAAAGACUUGCCAACCAAGCUUGAUCUUAUUUUCAUUUUCAUUAAUAAUCAAAAUAUAAAUUUAAU